CUUUUUGUCCUUUUCUUUCUUUUUUAUGAGUAACUCAUGUUGAAAUCUCGACUCUUAUUCCCCAGACACAAAAGACAACACAUUUUAUACCAAACUUACUUCUUUAAUAGUAGUAGAAGAAGUAUUACGUCUACUCCUUCACAAAUCAGACCACGACCCACUCUUUCUACUGUGUCUGCAAACCAUGUCAAUACAAAAAAGAUCAAAUAUAUCGAUGAUUUAUCCACUGCUGAUUACUAUUUUGAAAAAGGAUUAAGAAAAGUGAAACCUUACUAUUUCGAUUACCUUGCUCAUGCCAAUGAUCGUUGGAUUGGUAGACCUUGUUUACAAGUUAUGAAUACUGAAUUUAGAGAUCGUAAUGAUGCCUAUUUUAGAGAAGCGAUUGAUACGGGGAUGAUCACUAUCAAUGGUAAACGAGUGGAUUACGAUACAUUAUUCAAGAAAGGAGAUACAUUAGGACAUCGAGUACAUCGUCAUGAACCUCCAGUGACAGCGGAUCCUAUUCAAGUAAUCUAUCGUGACGAUGAAUGGAUGAUGAUCAACAAACCAGGUGGCAUUCAAGCUCAUCCUAGUGGAAGAUAUCGGCAUAACUCUGUGGUUCAUAUUUUAAGGAAACAAUAUGAUUUAUCUAGUCUCUAUCCCAUCAAUAGGUUAGAUAGACAAACAUCAGGGUUGAUGAUGAUCGGUUUGAAUUCUCAAAAAGCUCAACAUAUACAACAACAAAUGCAAAAUGGAAAUAUUGAAAAGGAAUAUCUAUGUAGAGUCCAAGGUGAAUUUCCAAAGGAUCAAGUGACAUGUGAUAUACCGAUCAAACCGAUGGGAUUCAAAUUUUCCUUCCAAUACGCAGAUUUCCAUAAUGGCAAACCCAGUAAGACAUUGUUUGAACGAGUGAGUUUCAAUGGACGUACUAGUGUGGUACGAUGUCGUCCCAUUACAGGUAGAACACAUCAGAUCAGGGUCCAUCUUCGUUAUCUUGGUUAUCCUAUUGUCAAUGAUCCUGUUUAUGGACCUCAUACAGCAUGGUCGACUUUAUUGAAUAGGUUUGAUCCCGCCGAUCCUUCUGGUUCUGUUGUGACACAAGUGUUGGACAAGAUGAUGGAAAUGACUACCUUUGAUACUUUGGAUACUUCAGAUGGUCAAGCUCGAUGUCAUGAAUGCCGAAGCUUGCUUAGCUCAGAUCCUUUGCCUGGACAAUCUUUAGGGAUUUGGUUACAUUCUUCUCGUUAUUCUGGAAAUGGCUGGUCUUUCUCCUCCACAACUGGGAAGGAUAUUCAUGGUGUUGAGCUCAAGCUUCCUUCAUGGGCAAUGGAUGAUUUUGACAAAGACAUCGAUGUUUUACCCACAUUUGUAUAGAUAGAUUAGAAUAGAUUACUUUUUU